AGGUUCUGACGAAGGCCGGACGCUACGCGGUGGAAAGGUGAUCCUGACGCUCAAACCCUGAACUACACACACAGCACUCCUGUAGACGGGCCAGAGGACGAGGCAAGGAGGAACCGGAGGAAAACAACAGAGGAACUAAGCAUACAAGAGGGAAAGACGAGAGAGAACUGGAGAAAGGAAGGAGGAGAAAGAUCCAUCUUCAUCCUCCAGGUGUGCGUGUUGAAGUGAAACCACCAAAGAAAUCAGGAACAAUCUUCACGACUCGAUCCAAAGCUGCUGCUCAGUAACUGAAGGAAAAACAUCGUCUGAAGUCAAACCAUGGCGCCUAAGAAGAAGGCCCUCCGUCAGAGGAAACCGGCGGCAGACGCCGUCAACGACAUGGAGACCAGCUCCCUCCCGCUGAAGGUGGAGAGCCGAGGCGACGGCGUGGUUGUCGUGGAGACGGCGGCGAAGAAGAUCGAGCAGAUCGCAGCGCUGGACAUCGCUCAGCUCAACAGCCUCAACCUUCCUCUGCCGCCGCCAGUCAUCAAACCAGGAGAGCGCGGCCUCGGCCUGGGCAGCGAGCUGACAAGACCGCUGCAUGGAAACGCUCUGCUGGAGGAGCUGAGCAAGAUGCGUCAGGAGAAGUUUCUCACUGAUCUGGAGUUGGCCUGUAAGACAAAAGCGUUUGACGUCCACAAACUGGUGAUCUCCUCGGUGAGUCAGUACUUCAGGGAGAUUCUGGCCAAAGACCCGGGGAUGAAGCGCCUGGAGCUGCCCUCCCUGUCACCACUGGGUCUGGCCAACGUCAUCACCUUCGCCUACAUGGGACGGGUCCACAUGUCCCUCUACACCAUCGGCUGCACCGUCUCCGCCGCCGCCACCCUGCAGAUCCCCCAGCUGCUGAAGAUGUGCAUGGACUUCCUGCUGGCUGAGCUCAACGUGCAGACGUGCGUCUACAUCUGGAACAUCGCCGCAGCCUACGGCCUGCUGCCUGUCAGCAACGCCGCCCGCCGCUUCGUCCUGGAGAACUUUGUGCAGUUCGCCGAGACGCCGCUGUUCACGCAGCUCACCCUGGAGCAGAUCUCCGCCUUCCUGCGAGACGACGCGCUGGUGCUGCCCUCCGAGGUCUCGGCCUUCCAGUUCGCCAACAAGUGGCUCGACUUCGACGCCUCCCGUCAGGCUCACGCCGCCGAGCUUCUGUCCCACGUCCGCUUCGAGACGAUCCCGGCCGGCGAGCUGGUGAGCCAGAUCCAGCCCGUGCCGCGGAUGAUGAUAAACCCUCAGUGUCACCGCCUGCUGGUGGACGCCAUGAACUACCACCUGCUGCCCCACCAGCAGAACAGCCUGCAGUCCCGACGCACCCAGGUCCGGGGGGCCCAGCAGACGCUGCUCACCGUCGGAGGACGUCCGUCCCUCACCGAGAGGGCUCUGAGCCGCGAGGUGCUGUGGAGGGACCCUCGUGAAGGAGGAGCCACCUGGCGCCACCUGACCCAGCUUCCCGCCAAGAGCUUCAACCAGUGCGUGGCGGUCAUGGACGGCUUCCUGUACGUGGCCGGAGGGGAGGACCAGAACGACGCGCGCAAUCAGGCCAAACACGCCGUCAGCACGCUCAGCAGGUACGACCCUCGCUUCAACACCUGGCUGCACCUGGCCAGCAUGCGUCAGCGCCGCACGCACUUCUCCCUGUCAGCCAGCGGCGGCCGCCUCUUCGCCAUCGGCGGGCGCAACGUGGAGGGCCUGCUGGCCACCACUGAGAGCUACCUGCCGGCGUCCAACACCUGGCAGAUGAAAGCCCCCAUGGAGGUGCCGCGCUGCUGCCACUCCAGCGCCACCCUGCCCUCCGGCGACAUCCUGGUGACCGGCGGCUACAUCAGCUGCGCCUACUCCCGGUCGGUGGCCUGCUACGACGUCGAGAGCGACGCCUGGACCGAGCGGGCCCCCAUGGAGACGCCCCGCGGCUGGCACUGCUCCGCCACCCUGGGAGGGAAGGUGUACGUCGUGGGCGGCAGCCAGCUGGGGCCUGCCGGCGAGCGGGUGGACGUCCUCCUGGUGGAGGUGUUCUCCCCGGAGAGCGGCUCGUGGGGCCGGGUGGCCCCCCUGCCGCUCGGCGUGAGCACCGCCGGCCUCUCGCUGCUGGGGGACGAGCUGUACCUGCUGGGCGGCUGGAACGAGGCGGAGAAGCGCUACAAGGCGGCGGUGCAGAGGUACGACCCGGCCACGGACAGCUGGUCCAAGGCGGAGGACCUGCCGGAGCCCACCGUGGGGGUGUCCUGCUGCAGCCUGACGCUGCCGCCGCGCCACGCGCCGCGCCGCCAGCUGCACCGCAACACGCCGGGCCACGAAGACCCGCAGCAGGCCGCCAAGAGCCAGAGCGCCGUGGCGCAGAACACCAAGGCGUAGGGCGACCCGGACGUCAGUCAUGUCCGAGGACUUCAGCUGGAAAUUAGCUUUUCUAAAAACCUGCAAAAAAUACCAGUAGUGCAACUACAACAGGUCAUUUCACUGAAUUCCUUUAUUGGAACAAUGCACUGCAAAAACGGAACUAAAAA